AUGUCAAUCGCAUCGCCACGACCGAGUUUCAGCCUAAGCCGUCGCGGCUCAACCAGCACAGUAAACUCGACCCGCUCGCCCUCAACAUCACGACCAGCCUCAAUCCGCGACUCCAGCAGCACACCCGUCCCAUCAUCCUCACGUCGCCGCGACCGCGCUGCCCUCCGCGAGUUCUACAACCUCCAAGCCUCCCAAACCUCUGCCGAGAAGCCACCCCCUUCAGCAGCACCUACACCUCAAACCGAAGACUCUAGCUCCAGUGACGCCCUCUCCGCCCUCGACAAUCCAUCUUUCUCACCCCAAACAUAUGUUGAUGACCUACUCCACUCUGCGGAUGCAGAAACGUUACUUCGAACGUUGAACUCUAUCACGAUAUCUGCGCUUGGGCUUGAAGGCGAUAAGAAAGCACUGGUGUAUGAUAACUACACUACUCUAUUGUCUGCAACGAGUACGAUCAGUCGCAUGAGGGAGAACGUGGAUCCCAUGGCGCCCGUAACGACGACGCUGGAGCCGGCAGUGAAACACAUUGCCGAUGUUGCUGGGGAUAUUGCGAGGAGUAGGGAGGUGAGAAGCGACAAGGAGGCACAAAAGGAUACCGUGAGAUGGGUGUUAGGGGCGCCGGAGAGGUUGAAGGAGUUUAAAGAGGAAGGAAAUGAGGAGGAGAUGACGAAAGAGUGGGAUGAGGUGAGGGGGCUAUUGGAGAAGUGGGAGGGUGUCAAGGGUGUAGAUGAGGUGAGGAGGAAAUGUGAAGAGGUUGUUGGAAAGGAUCAAAGAGGUCUCGAUACCUGA